UUCUUACACUAUUCCUUUGUUGUUCCAGGUGAUGUGGGCGCUCUGGGCUGGUGGGACUUGUUUAUAAAUUAUGGUAUUGCUGAGUGCUUUGCUUUUCUUGUUUGUACGAAGUGGUCAAAUCCAACGAUUCAUGGAAGCUCUCUCGCACAUGGAGCUAGUUCGUCAUCUACUACUAUCAGAUAUCUUGACUGGAAUAGUGGUUUAGUGGUUUCCUCAGAGGAGGAACCGCAGAAUAGAAUGUGUGGGCUGCAAGACCUUGGUGGUCACCUAAUGAAAGUUCCAAUCAUAUGUUUCCAAGUCCUCCUCUGUAUGCGCCUGGAGGGAACACCUGCAAGUGCAAGACACAUUUCCCUUCCACUUCUAUUCUUACCCAUAUUCCUAUUGCAAGGAGCUGGGGUCUUGUUUGCUACAUUAAGAUUUGUUGAGAAAAUUGUUCUUUUAUUGCGAAGUGGAGCUGUUGCAGAACGAUAUCAUGUAUUCUCUUCAAGAGUGCGUGACUGCUUUGCGUUUAUGCAUCACGGUUCCAGGCUACUUGGUUGGUGGUCCAUUGAUGAAUCAAGUCGAGAAGAACAGGCUCGACUAUUCCAUGAUGGAUUUCCGGGGUAAGAAUGGUUUUCCCUCUUUGUUAUUGCUUCU